UUCUGCUUAUUAUUUCCCCCUCUGUUUUCCCUUUUUACCAUUAAAUAAACCCCUCUUUUCUCUCUUCCCGUUAAUAAACGCUCCUUAAUCCUCCUCCGCCGGAGCACCGCCGCCGCCGUAAAGUCCACCGCUCCUUGUCCACUUCGACCAGAAUAUUCCGGCGAACUCCGGUAUACUGAAGCAUAUCUAUUAAGAAGAGGGGUUUCUAUAAUAGCAAACAUUUGGGUCAUUAUAGGCUAUUUGUUGCGUAUUUCAAGCCAAUGUGAGGUCACACAGCUAGUUCUUUCUUGAGAGUGUAUUCAGUCGAGUUACAUUUUUUUUUUUGUUUGGUGGGCAGGGUAUGGAUGCUAUGGAUGCUGAGGAUGAAGUUCCUGUUUCAACUACAGAACCUUCGACUCAAGUUGAUGAUAAUUCAACUGCUGUUAAUGGUAUAGGUGCAGUUACUCUUCAACCAGUUCCACCUGUCACUUCACCAGUUGGUCCGACGGGUAUCCUUCCUCCUGUCGUGCCUACAAUUGCUCCAAGGCCUGCAGUUCCUACCCCUAUUCCUCCCCCAUUAGCUCCAUUGCCAGUUCGUCCACCUGUCAUUAGGCCUCCGGUUGCACAGAAUGGAGAAAUGCAAGCGAGUGAUUCAGAUUCAGACCUUGAAGAAAUGGGAUCUGGUCGUGGUGCUGCGGGCUCCACUCAAGAAUAUGAGAUCUCUGAGGAGAGUAGACUUAUCCGAGAGAGGCAGGAAAAGGCCAUGCAGGAGCUUCUCAUGAAGAGACGUGCUGCUGCACUAGCAGUUCCUACAAAUGAUAUGGCAGUUCGAACUCGACUUCGAAGGCUCGGAGAACCCAUAACUCUAUUUGGAGAAAGGGAGAUGGAAAGAAGGGACCGUCUGCGGAUGCUUAUGGCAAGGCUUGAUGCAGAAGGGCAGCUGGAAAAGCUCAUGAAAGCUCAUGAGGAUGAAGAAGCUGCAGCUUCUGCUACACCAGCAGAGGAGGAGGAUAUUCAGUACCCCUUUUACACAGAAGGAUCAAAAGGUCUUUUAGAUGCUAGGGUAGAAAUUGCCAAGUAUUCAUUAGUUAAGUCAGCUUUACGUCUCCAUCGCGCAAGGAGGAAAAGGGAUGAUCCAGAUGAAGAUGUGGAUGCAGAGGUUGAUUGGGCUUUAAGGCAAGCAGGGAGCCUGGCCCUUGAUUGCAGUGAAAUUGGAGACGAUCGACCCCUUUUUGGAUGUUCGCUUUCACAUGAUGGAAAGAUGCUUGCGACCUGUUCUCUGAGUGGAAUAGCAAAGAUAUGGAAAAUGCCUCAAGUGCGAAAGGUUUCCACUCUAAAGGGCCACACUGAACGAGCUACUGAUGUUGUGUUCUCUCCAACUAGCAAUUAUUUAGCUACUGCAUCUGCUGACAAGACCGCAAGACUAUGGAACUCAGAAGGUUCUCACCUCAGAACGUUUGAGGGACAUUUGGACCGUCUAGCUCGGAUUGCUUUUCAUCCUUCUGGAAAGUACUUGGGCACAGCUAGCUUCGACAAAACUUGGAGAUUAUGGGAUGUGGAGACUGGCGAAGAGUUGCUUUUGCAAGAAGGUCACAGUAGGAGUGUUUAUGGUUUGUCUUUUCACCAUGACGGUUCGUUAGUGGCAUCAUGUGGGUUGGAUGCUCUAGUUCGAGUGUGGGAUUUAAGGACUGGACGAAGUAUUCUUGCUCUAGAAGGCCAUGUUAAACCGGUUCUUGGUGUCAGUUUUUCUCCGAAUGGUUAUCAUUUGGCUAGUGGUGGUGAAGAUAAUACCUGUCGUAUUUGGGACUUAAGGCAGAGAAAAUCUUCUUACAUCAUACCGGCUCACUCCAAUCUUAUCUCUCAGGUUAAGUUUGAGCCUCAGGAGGGAUACUUUUUGGCUACAGCUUCCUAUGAUAUGACCGCUAAGGUAUGGUCCUCGAGGGAUUUCAAGCCUGUAAAGACUCUAUCUGGUCAUGAAGCAAAAAUCAUGUCAUUGGAUGUUGCGGCAGAUGGACAAUUCAUCACCACCGUGUCUUAUGAUCGAACAAUCAAGGUAUGGUCAAGCAAAAACGUUGAAAAGGAAGAAAAAAUGGAUAUCGACUAGAUUUUCACCUUGCUAAGUUUAUACGACUCUUUAUCAUUUUCUGAGAUCAUCAAGAAGAGUCGACUAUGUUGAUUUAUGUGUAAAAAAUUGAAGCACAAGGUCAUUAUUCGUCAAACAAUGAAAUAGUGACAUCCUCUAUCGCUCAAGAAGGUCCCAAAGGGUUUGGUUGUUUGAGUUGGGUUUAGAACGUCACAACACAGUUCUUGUAAUGCAAGUAAUCUACACAAUUCCUUGACAAAUGGAACAUCUUGAGUUGUUUCGUUCUAAUUUUGUGCAUAUCAGCUAAACUGUGAUACAUUACUAUAACAGUAGUCCUUUAAGUAGUUCAAAGUUAUCUGUAGAGCUUCCAUUCUACUGUAUUGUAAGCUGUUCAGAAAUUUGAUGCGCUUUUCGGCGGGUCUGGGCUUGGUAGUAGCCUGGGAGCACUAAUGUUGGUCUUUUACAUGUA